AUGACUAGCGAGCUAGCAAGUGGAUGCGGUCCUUUGUCCAGGACGGAAUACGCGUGUCUCCUGGAUGGCCGGCCCCACGGUGUAGGUCGUGUUGCGCUUGGCCUGGUUGCUUCGCUGCUCGCGGGUCCCUUUCGCUUGCUUUGCACGGGCUGCUACGUGAAGCGGCUUCCAUUUGCGCUUUUGUUUACUAGAAAAAGAGGCGCGCUUCGCGGCGCUUUACCAUGGGAAACUCAAGCAUGCCAGACUAAUCUAACUCAGCAAAGCACGUCACAGUUUGCUGCAAUGUAG